AUGCUCCACUCUCGCCCUUCCUCCUCCGAUGCCUUUCAAGCACAGCCACAGCAAUACCCGCAACCGUCACGGCCCGCACAGCAACCUCGGAGCGUAUAUGGCGGACAGAAUGGCAGCUAUAGGGGAGCAUCGGCUGCUCCAGUCCAGCCGUAUGCUUUCCAGAAUACACCACAUUUACGAGAGAACAGCCGGACGACUUCUACACCAGCCGGGCUACAUAACGGUCUUCGGCAAGCGACGCAUGCUCCGUCACCAUCUACAUCGUCCUCGGAUGCUUCCUCCGUGCCGUCGGGGAAGGACGAUUCAGUGAUGGGCUCGCGGCCGGGAUCAGUUAUCAACCUUUCUCCACAACUACCGGAUCUGUCAUUCACACCCUUUGACCAAACAGUGAAGUCUUCGCCAGACCGAUACCGACGUCCAGCUCAGAAACGAAUGGACUCGAGCAGCGCCUCCAUCAAGACAACGCAGCAAGGCUCGGCUGCUCCAUCAGGCUCAGGCAUGGGUGCUGUCAAUCACCUUUAUCAACCUGCUCCUCCAGUACAGAGGCAAGAGAGUGUGGACGACACCGCUGUGUCGAAGAAAGAGUCAGAGCUUGCCAAGCGGUAUAGGAGACGAAGUUUGAACACACUGGACACCCAGGCACUCAACCCACCACAGGCUGGUGCUGGCGCUCAAAGGCCAAUGUCGGGCCACAGCACAAGCGCGACAUCUACGCCAACCACUAUCCGACCCGUGUCGUUCCAGAGUCAGAUAUCCAGUGAUGAUGGCCUCACCAAAUCCACUAACGCUUCACAAACCUCAUUGAGCAAGGUCGAGCCGGUAAAGGAUGGCUUCAAGGAUGUCAAUAAAUCCGCAGCACCUCACAAGAAUCUCGCAGUACCGCCACGAGGUUCGUCAGACGCUAGCAAGCGGCUAGGUGCACCGUCACCGCUGUCCAAGCAAGCUCCGGAGCAAGAGCGGCAGCAAGCACCCGUCAUGCCUAGAUCGUAUGCUUCUGUAGCUCAAUCCGCCGUUGCUUCGCCGGCACCUAGUGCUGCGGCCGCUCAACUGGCUGCUGUGUCAGACAAGGAUCUCAACAAAGGCAUGAAGUCACGGUUACGACGUGCGCUAUCGUUCGGCAGUGCGCAGGAGCUUCGACGAGCAGCUGGCGAGAACAGCCAAGCUGCUUCAACUGCUCAGCAGGUCAGAGCACAGCACCAACAAAAAGUCGAGACAGAGCUGGAACUGGAUGCGGAGCAACAGGAGAUCGCGAGACGGCAGGAGGCUGCUGGGAUUGGUGCUGGCAUCUAUUCUGGACAAGGUGGCUUCUCAGGCUCUACGGACAACUUGUCCAUCUCGUCUACAGCAUCCUCUGCCUCCAUGAUGUUGAGGAAGAUGGGUCGUGGUGCCAAGAAGAGUGCUAGAAGCAUCAAGGGCUUGUUUAGACCCAAGUCCGUGGUCGGUGUACCAGCCGCUGAUGGUCCGGUCAACAUGGGUGCCGGGUCGAUCACACAACCAAGCGUGGCACAGGUAUCCAUGGUCACAGUGGAGGCCGAACGGCACAAGGUCAACGUCAAUGCCGAAGCGUCGGAGAAGGCUGGCGGUGGCACAGGAUACCCUAAGCUGGAACGCAACUCGAUUGAUACUGGCAGUGUGACGCUGGUACCUGAGCGAGGAUCUGCUGAUGGCUCGGACUCGCGACGAAGCAUUGUUGGUAGCGACAAAGAUCGCACUGAGGCCCUGACGGCCAUCAAGAAGAGUAUCUUGAAGCGUUCCGGCACAGGCUCACCUAACGGCUCACCCGCUGUGAUACCUCAGAUCGUUGAGAGUCCGUCGAACAGCCUGCCCGGCACACCCCGAGAUGGACCUCAAGGUCGAAGCUCUUCCCUCAAUGGCGACUACUUCAGCCCACGGCUGGCUAUGACGAAGAGCAUGCCAGCUACACCCAACGGCACCUCACGUAACAUCUCCUUCAGCCCACGGAUUCAGUUUCACGAUGUCUGGUCUAGCACCGAGUACGACCGUCGUGGCGAGAUUGCCACUUGCAACCGCUUGACGCCCAUGCUUGCUCAGCAGAUCAAAGAGGAGUUGAAUACGUUCAAGAUGGAAAUGGAAGUCCACGAGCAAAGCAAACCGCACACGCACUUUUUCUAA